CUCGGUACCAACCACUUCACUCUAACAACCAGCACGGCCACCGGACGGCAUAUAGGCUUGUAGCACGCCGAGGAAACAAGUCACAACUCUCAAGCGCACCGCCGGGGAAACUUUAAACACUUUUUAUCAUCCCGACAGGAGCCGGAUCAACUGUGAAAAAGAAAAAAGAAAAACUCAUCUCCCACAGCGACUCCAACAUUUGGAUAUAAUUUAAUAAUUCCAAGUUUCGAACAACCAAGGUGUUUCAUUCCCAGACGCACCGCCAUCUGACCUCUUUGUGCCCUCCCCCUGGGAGCUCUGAACCUCUGGUUAACCCCUCCUCUUCUCCUCUUGUCUGUGUUGCCCCGUGCUCAACAGGCAGUUCAUAGUGCUGUCACAGCGCCAUGGUAACUCACAGCAAGUUUAACUCCGCAAUGAGCAGCAGCCCCUUCGACACCAACAUGAGGCUGCCACACCGUUACAAGACUUUCACCUCCAAGACGCAGUACCAGAUGGUGGUCGCCACGCUCCACAAACUCCAGGAGAGUGGCUUCUACUGGGGCCCCAUCAGCGGUAAAGAGGCCAAUGCCAUGCUGUCGUCCGAGCCCACUGGCACGUUCCUUGUGCGGGACAGCUCCGACAACCGACACCUGUUCACCCUCAGUGUCAAAACGGCGUCGGGCACAAAGAACCUGCGCAUCCAGUGUGACACUGGCUCUUUCUUUCUGCAGACAGACCCCAAGAAUAUUCAGUCUGUCCCCCACUUUGACUGUAUCCUCAAGCUGGUGCAUUACUACAUGCCCCAGAGCAGAGCAACCUUGUCUGUGGGGAACACACACAGUGGGAAUAUCUAUUACAUUUACUCCGGAGGGGAGAAGAUCCCCCUGGAGCUCAUAAAGCCACAUGCCUCUAGCCUGUCCACCCUCCAGCACCUGUGCCGGAAAACAGUCAAUGGACAUCUGGACGUAUCUGCUAAAAGAGACCAACUUCCACAUCCUCUCAAAGAGUUCCUCCAGGAGUAUGACGCUCCUAUCUAGGGGCUCUGAACUGAUCCUCCUGAAAGCCAGAGACUUUAAUGAAGAAACUCAAAGGCUUCGAUCUAGCCAUGCUCCAAGCAAGUAGGAACAGAUGUCUGCUGGCAGUGCCUGCUUCUGUGGAGCAAUGAUGAAGCAGGACAACCUGGUGGAGUCAAGUAGAAGCCAAGGACCGAGCUUGUCAGAACCAUGGGCUGAGUUUGUACUGAUGAGUUGCAUUCAAGGGGGCAUCUAUCUCCAAAUUUUUUUUUCUUUCCCACAGAGGAGCCACUAGAUUGAGGACUAACCCACUGAGAGGGUCAACAGAAAGAGUAUGCUGCUAUAGACUGGUAUGAAAAAGAGCCAAUGCCACCACCCCCUUGUCUCUCAUUGACUUAGAACUUACUGAAAACUCAAGUGAGGCUCACAGUCAGCUGUCUAGACUCUGAUGAUGACGCACGAGUUCCCCUCUGUUGCUGCUAACCAUAGUGCUGUGUGACUGUCAUGCACACACACACAUACACAUCAGCCUAAGAAAAUUAUUCACCCAUUAAAGCUGGACUGGCUUUUAUGACUGGACUGGCUGACUGACUGCUGACAUUGGAUGAGAGUCAUAGACAUAAUCAAGCCUAAUCCUGGAUGUAUUAGACAUGUGGGACCAGCAUGACCUUUGGGAUUCUGAGAUUUCUGACCAAACACGCUGGAAACUUACAGAGGAACAAGAACUCAGAUUGAAAAUGAGUGGACUUUGGUGGUCUUACAGUUCUGAGUGCAUAUAUGUGCUUACCAUGAUAGGAAAAGGCUCAACUUUUUCUCUGAAUGUUACUGAAGUAAAAAAAAAAAAAGAAAAAAAAAAAGAGCAUCAAUACCAAAUAGGGACCUUUCUCAACAAGAAAAUGUGGAGAGGUUUGUUCAUUAUAGUUUGCUCAUUAGGAGAGUUUAUGCCAAACUUGCCUGAACUUAAUAAUUUGUUGGUACAACAUCAUGGCUGAACCCGACAGGAUCUUACUUGAGAGAACAGUAUCACUGCUUUCAGACUUAUUGUGCAUAUAAAUCUUGACACAUCCUAAGAGUCAGGCUAUUGUAUGCCUUCAGUGAGGAAAAAUGUACCCAAAUAAAUGUGGUAGUAUUUGUGGCACAAGUUGCUUGAAAUUGAAUGUAUUAAAGAUGGGAAUCUCUCUUCACCUAAUCAGGAGAAGAAUCAAGAUUUGUCAAGAUUUUACCUUUUUUUUUUUCCUUAAAACAAGACAAUGUUUACAUGUGAAGAUGAAAUGGCAUAUGUGUUUUUGUGCUGUCUUUUAUAAAGAUAUAACUUGGCCAGCCAAACCUCUGGCUGUGGAUGCUUGAAGAUAUUUGAGAAGUCAGACGAAGCAAGCAGACUGAUACAACUUUGCACAUAUUUAUAUUUCUACGGACAUUUCAGUAAUUUAUAAUAAAGUGCACUAUUUUUAUAUGAAAA